AUGUAUUUUAUUUAUUUUUUCAAAGAGAUCGUUGGAGGGUCAAAAGUGAAAAAAAACUAUUUUCAUUCUCAGGGUGGUCUGGUGGCUGAUGGCAACUGGCAACCAAAAGAAAGAAAGAAAGAAAGAGGAGAGAGAGAGGGUAAGGUAAAGGGACAAAGAAUCCUCAAAGGUAGACGUCAGGAGGGAGGGCUUCCAUCGCCGUUAACGAGCGACGAUACUAAGACCUCAGCCAAAUUCUCCUCCUCGCUCGCUCGCUCGUUAAUGGCCGCUUCUUCUAGAGCUUUCGUGAUCUCUCGCUUCGCAGCUGACCACUCCUUCAUGCUCCUCCAACCUGCGCCGCCGUGUCUCCCUUUCUCCCACCACUUCCUUCUCCGACCGUUACUCCCUUCCGUCUCCAGAAAACGUUCCUCCGUUCCAGUUAACUGUCUCGUUUCCGGCGUUGACGGUGGCGGCGUUUCUGAUGAUUUCGUCUCCACAAGGAACUCCGGUUUCGAUCGAGAGUUCUCUGUAAUUGCAAACAUGCUUAUGAAAAUCGAACCGCUAGAUACAUCUCUCAUUUCUAAAGGAGUAUCUGAUUCUGCUAAGGACUCCAUGAAAGAGACUAUUUCCGCCAUGUUAGGUUUACUUCCUUCCGACCAAUUCUCCGUUACUGUUAGCGCAUCUAAUAUUCCUUUCUAUCGCCUUCUUGUGUCCUCCAUUAUGACCGGGUAUACGCUAUGGAACGCGGAGUACAGAAUCUCAUUGAUGAGGAAUUUUGAUAUACAGUCAGACAGUUGGAGUAGAUCAGAUUUUGCAGAGGAGAAUCAUGUUCUGGAAGUGAAGAGUAGUGAUGAGACAGACGAUGAUCGGUGUGCAGAUUAUUUUGAGAAGAUGGAUAUCAAAAGCAUUGGGGCUUUGUCUCCUGAAGCUCUGAACUAUAUUCAGAACCUAGAAUCCGAACUAUCUUUGUCUAAGAAGGAACUGGAUGAGAAGAAGCAAGAAAAUGCACAAAUAGAAAGUUGUAUGAGAGAAAAUAACAAUGACCUAUUGGAGUAUUUGAGGUCCUUGGAAUCUGAUAUGGUAACUGAACUAUCACAGCCAUCUUCAUCAGAAGUUGAGGAUAUUAUUCGAAAACUUGUUCAAAAUAUUUUACGCCAAUUCAAUAAAGAAGCUUCAUUAAGGAAUGCGGCCGAGACUGAAGAGCUACACAACAGUAUAACCGCUUCUUCACGUGAUUACCUAGCAAAGCUUCUAUUCUGGUGUAUGCUAAUGGGUCAUCAUUUGAGAGGAUUGGAGAAUAGAUUACAUUUGAGUUGUGCUGUUGGCUUAUUGUAAGAGAAAGAAAGCCUAAAGAGGAAAACCAUGUAUAAUAUAUGUUCUCUUUAAUUUCUUAGUAAUUUAUAUUUUGUUGCUAGUAAAUAUUUAUAAAAUUUUAUUUAUUACAAUUUUAUUAAGAUAAGAACAUUAUAUAUAUAAUAAAACCAACUUGUUUGUUAUCCUUCU